CAAAGAGUCAGGGAGGAUUCAGACCAAAGGCCAUGAUCAGGACAAGUGCCACAGAAGAGAAAGAUGCAGAGGAGAAGUCUGUAGCGCUGACUAAAGGUGCUGAAGUGAAAAGAAUUGCAGGGUACGAUAAGCAGGGCUUUCUGCUGCAGCUGGAAACGAAACUGCCACCAGAGUUGGCAUACAAGUAUGGCAACCUCAGUGAAGGGGUGUGUAAACCAGGAUAUGCAGCAGCCAAGAUGACAUCCAUCUACCCUAAGUUUGUGAAAAAAGCACCCAUGUUCCUUGACCGGAACUUCAAACAACACACAAAAAUCAAAAACUACCUGCCUCCAUUUGGCAUCAAAACUCAAGAGAGAAUAAUCGACAACAUUUUAACUGAAACAAAAAGUUUUGGACUCGGCGAGGACCUCGACAGUCUCAGCUGUAAAAGAUGCAUCAUAGUGGGAAACGGGGGGAUCCUGUACAAUAAGUCUUUGGGCUCCCGUAUAGAUGAAUAUGAUGUUGUUGUGAGGUUAAAUGGAGCCCCAAUAGCUGAUUACAAAAGAGAUGUAGGGACCAAAACCACAUUGAGGAUUACCUACCCAGAGGGAGCAAUCCAGAAAUCUGAACAGUAUGAAGGCGACUCACUCUUCGUCUUUUCUGCAUUUAAACCAAUUGAUUUUAAGUGGCUGAAAAACAUGGUCUUCAAGGAAAAACUGCUAUUAGAACACAGAGGAAGACGGAAGUCUAGAAGUGACAGGGCAAAAAAAUGGAUGCAGAGUGCAAAGAUAGUGAUGAAGAUGAAAAAAGGGAGAAAGUACAAGAUUGUCAAAAAUAAGAGUCGUAUGGAUGGCUUCUGGAAGUCUGUAGCACAGCAUGUGCCUCGGAAGCCAGCUGAAAUGAGGAUCCUCAACCCAUACUUCAUCCAGGAGGCUGCAUUCCAGUUCAUAGGCCUGCCAUUCAACAAUGGUUUAAUGGGCAAAGGGAACAUUCCAACUUUGGGAACAGUUGCUAUAACCAUGGCGCUGCAUAACUGUGACGAGGUGGCGGUGGCUGGCUUUGGCUACGACAUGACCUCUCCUCAAGCACCUCUGCACUACUAUGAGAGCGUCAAGAUGUCUGCCAUUAAAGAGUCUUGGACACACAACAUAGCCAAGGAGAAGGAGUUCCUCCGCAAGCUGGUAAAGGCCAACGUUAUCACAGAUCUCACCAAAGGUAUCUGAGUUUAUACCCAACUCCAGCCGCCUUCCGCCAUUUCUGUCGGAACAACGAACUGAAAGCUGGAUUGACUCAAGAAGCAGAGAACUGGUCCCCCUUACCUCCUUAAGCCAGGCCUGCUCACUGCCGGGAGUAGAAGGGGGUAACUAUCAAAGAAGUUUCUAAGAGUUUUGUUGAAAGAUGCACUCAUGUGCCUUCAGAACCAAAGACCCCUGCUUAUCAAAGCAGGGGCAGAACAGGCUGCAGGAGGAUUGGAUCUGCCUGGCACCUGUUGAAGUAUUGCUGUGCUGGGCCCAUCACUAUAAAGUAUCACACACCUGAAAUGGAAUGGUAACAGUGAGAGGACAGCUGAAGGAAUGAAGCGAAACUGAACAAUGUGAUGGGUCGAGUAUUAGCAGUGCCAAAUGUACCUCGCAAAGGGGAGAAGACUCCCCCUCUCCUGUUUUGUCUGAAUGUAUUCUCUCUGUAAAUAUCAAAGAUUUGUACUGUGCUUUUUACCAAGCUGCAGUAGCUCCAUGAUCACAUCCGCCUCCUUCCAUUCAUUCAGUCAUCAUCUAUUCAUCCUUUUCUGUGUUCAAGUGUAAGUCCUUCCAAGCCCACUGGCAUCACACCACCUGCUGCGUAAAGUGGCAAAAUCAUAACGGAAGGCAUAGUGAGAGGUAUGGACUAGGGGUUGCACGGCUUCAUGUUUGUUAAAGCUGAUGUCGGUAUGGUAAAACUUGAGUCGACAUCGACUGAUCACUGUGAUGUCAUAGAAACACAUGAGAAAAUGCUUCACAUUAGCUUACAGGCUUUACUAGCCUGUAAGCUAAUAAAGAGUGGCAGUCUUGGACACACAACAUAUCCAAGGAGAAGGACUGAUGUCUGCAGGAAUAUUUGUCAAUAUUCACAGCAGAUAUUGACAAAAGACCACUUAGACAGAAGUUUAUUAUGAUGAUUUAAAGUAACAAGAAAAACAAAACAUCAUCUCGAACUUGUUCGGCGGCAGCAGAACAGAGCUGCUGUCGGUCACUGUGGCAGCAGCUCUGCUGGUACUGAUGAGCAGAAUGAUAAUCUUGAAUAGCUGCACAUAAAUGAUGUUCCAACCUGCACAGACGUCCAUGUUCAGACAACAGAAGCUAAAUAUAUUAUAAAUAAAUCACGGUUUCUAAUGAAUUUACAGUUUAAAUCAUUGCUGCUCCUCCACCCCAAUGCGCAGCAGGAUCCUCCAGUGACUCAGGGCAGCAGCUCUCUGACUUUGCAGGAUGAACCGGCACAUAGACGACAGCAGGGAUAGACUGUCAGAUCUUCAGAAUGCAGCUUGAACUACGUCUUCAGGUGUUCUCACAGUAUUUUUCUAAGCAUAAAACCAUUCAUUUUAAAGGUUUUAUUAGCUCUAGUUUAUUUGGCUCUCACUUUAUUUGAUAGUGAAUUGACAGGAAAGUGGGUAAUGAGAGAAGGGGAAGACAUGUGGCAAAGGUCAUCAGGCCGGGAAUUGAACCUGCGAUGGCCGCGUCGAGGACUAAGGCCUCCAUAUGUGGGUUGUGCUUAACCCACAUAUGGAGGGUUAAGCACAUAUGGAGGGUUAAGGCUUGCCCCUUUUGUUUGUUCAUUUUUUUAAAGAACAAACAAAAGGGGCACAUGACAUGUGGCAAGGAACCGAGGAUGGGAGUUGAACUCAUAACAGCCGCCGUUUGCAGCCUCUGUAUACGGGCUGUCUGCUCUAAUCACAGCACCAUGCAAUGGCCUUAUUCUGGUACCUCUGUGUUAAAUUAGUUUGGAUUGUAUAAAAAUACAAUCCAAACUAACAAACUCACCUAAUUCCGCAUCUUUCUUCUUCUUGGAAGUGUCAGUUUUGUCACGUGAUUGCGAUUAGUCGACUAGCCACAUAAAAGGAACACGGCAGAGUAAGGAAUCGACUAGUUGGUGCAACCCCUAGUUUUGACCCUAUGUCACCUCAUCGUGUUGAGACACCAUGACGGAUAUAGGAAGUGAGAGAAGUGAGAGCAUUGAACAGAGUUAUGAUUGUUUUCCCAAGUUUUUUUUUGCCAGCAUAGCAAAAAAAAAACUUGUGCUUUUACUUGUUCUAGUCGGGCUAAGUUUGGAUUUCCUUCUUGUCAGUUUGUUAUGCUUGUGCUCAGCAGUCUGACCAUUUCUAUAGUGAAACCCACAACAUGGACAUGAUAUUAGGUUACAAACUAUGUUUUUUCACAAACUUUACAGGAGUUACCAUGUGGGUAGGUUGUUUUGACGUCCAUCAUGGCGGAGUGUUACGCUUUCUGAAGAGCAUGUCGUCACAUGCAAAGGGUCAGUUAUUCAAAGACAAACGUUUGGAAACUGAAGUAAAUUCAUAUCCAUGUUUUUCAUCUCUGAAUUGAACCAGAAACCUGAACAUUUCUCACUCUCAAGGACAAGUCUGUUCUUAUUGGAAGACCCUUCCUGUUGCAGAUUCAUUAUUUAAAAGAAUUCUCUCACUCCUCCAGAGCAUUUAGCCUAUAUAUAUAUAUCAAUAUCUACUUUUAGCCACAUAUCUGAAAGGUUAGACGCCAUCAACAUCCAAUACUGAAGAGUUACGACUAAGCACUAAGGUAGAUCUUUGUUCAGUGAAGAAACUGUAACGAUAUCUAUUAUGAUUUGAUUCAUAUCUUCAUCACUGCAUCAGCUGUAAGCGUUCCCACCCAGAUCAGUCAGAGCUCCACCCUGCUCACCUAUAAGACGCAUGUUUCAAAUCCCCUACUGCUGCAGGUUUUGUGUUCUUUAUUAAACGGUAAAAUCUUGGGUUGUAGAAAAUAAAUAUAUAUCUAUUUUUUGUUGUUGUUGGGUUGAUUUUGAUUAUUUAUUUUGUUACCAAAUCCCCUUUCCGUGGUCACAGGUUGACCGGCUUCAACCAAACUCAAAUACGAGCAGCUUUGAGUUUGGGGAAUCUCGAUUCCCGACUGUGCUUCCUGAAGACACUUGGUAUGAUCUGUUGGAGACGCAGCGUUCUGAUGGAACCCGUGUCCGUUCCAGUGUCCCGCUGCAUUAGAGAGAAAAAUUUAAGGAAUCUGAGGUUGAUGGAGCUCCAAUUCACUUAGUACUGAUCUGAUCUGUGCAUUCUGGCAGGUUCUGCUCCACCUCAGUAUUUAAAAAAAAAAUCAAUCAAACAAACAUUCUUUUUUUGUUUCCGCUGAACGUCUACAAUUGUUUUGUAGCUGUGUAAGCUUUAAUCAGCUUACACGGCAGGCUGCUUUUAUAAAGCAGUCUGUCUGUUUUCAGGUUUCAGCUGGUGUUUGGUACAUCGUUUACAUCAUCUCAGACUGUCUCCUCUCAAACACUAAGCUCUUGCUGCGUCUGUUGUCUGAAUAUUUUGUUAAGUUUCAUGCGGCAGUGUGUACUCUGGUGUUUGGCAGAGGUCCUGGUUUGGAACAAAGGUACAUCAACAGAUGACCUUUGAACUGUCACAGUGCUAUCAUCGGGGGCCGCAGUUGACUCAGUAUGUGGGGCAUGAACAAGGCGGAGCGCUUAGCAUAUCUGCAGCAGGUCUGUUGUUGAACUGGCAGUGUCUUUAGCUUGUAUGUUUCAAAUUGAAGCUCUGCAAAAGGGUUUCUGUUUUGUGCCUUUUUAUAGAUGGAAACAGGAGCAGGAGGAAUGAGAACAGGUCAGAGCGCAGUCUCCUCAGACUCCUGGGUAUUGGCUCUAAUUGGAGUAGGAUCAGUCUGAAAUGUUCCCUAAAACCAGCCAAACGUCCAUCACCGUCUGCAAAGCUCUGACCUCUGAGUUAACUUUUCCCAAUAUCAUAUUAUGGAGGAGUUUUUAUGGAUUGAAUCUGAAUAACCCCUUCAUUGUGCCCCAACCACUCAUGGAUUGUCUGUAAUGAGGUGGAAUGUAUUUGCUUGAGUUUUUUUUUCUGAUCAUUAUAUUUAUAAAUCUUUAUUUUUCAACAUUGCAGCAUAAGUGGAAAGUGACAAAUCAAGUAUUUCUCUUUUUGUACAGUUAUACAGUUCUGUAUAACAGCUUUAAACAAUUCAAUAAAUAAGUUCAAACACA